AUGGCAAUGGUGUUGGAUGCAUUUGCGUCCUACCUGGUGGACAUGCUCACGCAGGUAGCAACAGAUGAGGUAAAGACGAUGCUGGGUGUCUCCGGCGAGAUCGAGAAGAUGGGAGACAAGCUUCGGGACCUCAAGAACUUCAUGGCCGAUGCUGAUAGGAGGAACAUCACUGAUGAGGCUGUUCGAGAGUGGGUGGCGCACCUCAAGCGGGCCAUGUACGAAGCUACUAAUAUCCUUGACCUCUGCCAACUCAAGGCCAUGGAGCGUGGACCAUCCUCGGUAAACGCAGGGUGUUUCAAUCCCCUCCAUUCUCAUGAGGAACCCCCUCGAUUCUCAUGA